CCCACCCUGGCCUCCCGAAGUGCUGGGAUUACAGGUGUGAGCCAACACACUGGGUUAAACAUUGUUAUUGGUGUCUGGACUAGCCUCUCUCAUCUAUCCAAAUUACUAAAUUCAGUAGUUUCUCCUAGAACAUUUCUCAAAUCUGUCCCCUCCUCUCCAAUUCUACUCUAGUAUCACCCUAGUCUAGAAAAUUGGGUGGACUUUCCUUGUUUUAUUUACUACAGCUUCCUAACUAGUUUUUCUCUGUCAGCUCACACCUUCCCUAAUCCAAUGCUGAUUGUGCCAGCAACUGAGUACAGGGUUUAGUUUAGUUGACAUUGUAACAAGAUUUCCCUGUGAAUGAAAAAAUAGGUACAUUAAUAUUCUGUAAUAAGUUCCUUUCUCAUCAAGUUCAUUCCCGAUGAUGCUUGACCAGCACUUUCAGUAACACUACGAUUCUCUACAAUGCAACCAGAGGACUUUUUAAUAUGCAAAUCUAAUCGUGCCAUUCUUUUUUUAAACCCUCCGUGGCUUCUUAAGUACUCUUAGGAUAAAACAAAAUACUUAAGUAGCAUACAGGACCAAAUCUGUCAUCUUUUGGUCUCAUUUGAAAUAUCACAUCCUUUAAGAAGUGUUCUUUGACUUUCCAAGACUAAGUCAGGUCUCUGAAUGUUUCUUCUGUGGCACUGAAUUAUAAUGAUUUAUGUCUUUCUCCACCACUAAAUUUUAAACUCCAGGAGGAUUAGAACUUUCUGGAUCCUUAGCACAAUGUCAGGUAAUUAGGAACUCCGUACAUACUUGAUGGAUGAAUGAACAAAGCACUACAUAUGCAUGAACUAGUUUAAAAACAGAAACAUCACAAGAUUUUUUUUAAGUGGCAGCUUUUAAUAAAAGUACAGUUCGUAAUAGUGAGGUAGGGAAAAAGGUCAAGGAUAUAAUUUCUACAUACUAACAUCACAUACGUUGUUAGGUAUAUAAAAUAUAUAAAAUCAGGACCGGUGUCACUUAACUUUUUAAUGUGUCUUUUCUUGAGGCACGUGGCAGGCACUUGCAGAGAAGGUAAACAUUUACAGAGUACCUGUUAUUUUCCAAGCAUUGUUCAAAGUGCUUUCAAGAGUUCUGGUUUGACAGAACUAAAGAAUUUUGAUUUUUCUUCCAGCAAACAAAAGAAAACCUAGGUUCUUUUUAUUACUCUGUUCUAGUAAGAACAGAAAGGUUAUCUUUUGCACUUUAAUUAACAUCGCUUAAUUCCAUGGCUAUCAAAGAUGACUCAAUUCCUCCGCAGAAUUACUAUGUGACUAUUAGAAAUCUAAAUGCCUCCCAAGUCAAUUCAUCUAGUGAUAAUUUCCUAAUUUUAACGGGAACACAGCAGGCUUUUACGGUGAUUGCUGAUUGAAUGGGAAGAUCUCUUUCUCCCUUACGGCGUCAUUCAUGUCAAGACCCGGUCUAACAGAGGAAUAAAAGAGUAGAAAAUUACGAUAUCCUCCUGUUACUUUUUUACUAAGGGGUAAUCACCAAACAGUACUUGGAUUUCUUUUAGAAAAUGAGUAAAGCUUCCCCGAAAGCAAGGAAAAAUUGGGCAGAUUUGAGAAAAACAAAGGACGUAUGAUGCUUCCCUGCUACCAGCUGGGAAAGUUAUUAGAAUUAGGAGAAUCCUCCUGUUCCUUCCACACAAGCGAUAGCCAGAAUAGGAACUCCAGUUUCCGUCACCCCCACUCCCUGCCCAGGUUACCUGUGGAAGCUGAUGUUAAUGUGCUUGUUGUAGGUAGUGGCACAGCCCGCCGCGGCGCAAUUGGUCGGCAUUUCCCUUUCCCACUCAUUCAGCGCCCUUAAGUCUCUACUGAGGCGCUGGCUGCUAAGCUUCCUUCGGGCAGAGGCUGGACAAUCGAGGCAGGCGUGCCUUAAUCGUGAGAGCUUAGUCGUGAGAGCGGAGUGGGAAGAAGGGGUGUGUAUGUGGGGGCGGAGGCGAGGGAGGGUCAGCCUUCCCUUUCUCUUUAUUAAUAUGGCGGACUAGAGCCCACAGAACUGGCCCUCCUGGAGCUCUAGUCGCCUUCGCUUGACUUCACCAACAUGGCGGACACAACCCGUUCUUUCUCCCCGCCCCCAAAAGGGAGGGGAUCUACUGCGUUUCUUUGGCAGCGGUCCUCACAGCAAUUAAAAGGAAGCGUUUUCCCCUCCGAUUACCAUAAAUUAAAAGAGUUUUACAAUAAAACUCUCUCAAGGAUGCAACUAAGAGCAGCUCCACCUACUUCUGCAUGCACCCAGCUGUACCAGGCCAGAUCCUGCAGUGGGUGUGACCCGUAGACCGGAAGACUGAACCCGAAAAAAGAAGAAAGACUACAAAUCCUAGUGAGUAUCGAGUGGUGUUAUUAUCGCGUGAACUGUGAGCCUUUGUUUCCUGCGUGUCGCAGGAAGUGACGUUUCGGGUACAGCCGCUACCAGAGUCCCUUUCUCGCGAGGCGGAAGAACCCCGAUCGCUGAGGAGCAAGGGGGCGCUAGGAAAAGGAACUGGGUUGCGACGGUCCGGCGAGAGAGAGCUGGGGUGCGGGGAAGUUGGGGAACAGAGGCCGCUAGGUGUCCGAGUAGGGUAAGACCGCACCGACCCGGCGGAAACGAGGCAAUUGUCGGGCGGAUCCCCGGACGGAGAGCUAAGGUGGUGUGGAAGGCGCUGCUCCCCGGAUGGCGACCGCAGAUACUCCGGCCCCGGCCUCCAGUGGCCUCUCGCCGAAGGAAGAAGGGGAGCUUGAAGAUGGGGAGAUCAGUGACGACGAUAAUAACAGCCAGAUACGGAGCCGGAGCAGCAGCAGCAGCAGUGGCGGUGGGCUGUUACCCUAUCCGCGGCGAAGGCCUCCUCACUCGGCCCGGGGCGGUGGAUCCGGCGGAGGCGGUGGCUCUUCCUCGUCAUCGUCCUCUUCUCAGCAGCAGCUGAGGAAUUUCUCACGCUCGCGGCACGCGUCUGAGCGGGGCCACCUCAGGGGACCCAGCAGCUACCGACCCAAAGAACCAUUCCGGUCUCAUCCGCCCUCUGUACGGAUGCCUUCGAGUUCACUGUCCGAAAGCAGUCCCCGGCCGUCUUUCUGGGAGCGGAGCCACCUCGCCUUGGACCGUUUCCGCUUUCGAGGCAGGCCUUACCGGGGUGGGAGUCGCUGGAGUCGGGGGCGAGGAGUGGGUGAGCGAGGAGGCAAGCCGGGGUGCAGACCCCCUCUGGGAGGAGGAGCAGGAUCCGGGUUCAGCAGCAGUCAGAGCUGGCGAGAGCCCUCUCCACCUCGGAAGAGCUCCAAAAGUUUUGGAAGGUCUCCAUCAAGAAAACAAAAUUAUUCAUCAAAAAAUGAAAACUGUGUGGAAGAAACUUUUGAAGAUUUGCUUUUAAAGUAUAAGCAAAUACAAUUGGAACUAGAAUGCAUCAAUAAGGAUGAAAAACUAGCAUUGAGUAGCAAAGAAGAGAAUGUGCAGGAAGAUCCUAAAACAUUGAACUUUGAGGACCAAACUAGCACUGAUAAUGUCAGUAUUACAAAGGAUUCAAGUAAAGAAAUAGCUCCUGAGGAGAAAACACAAGUCAAAACUUUUCAGGCAUUUGAAUUAAAACCACUCAGGCAAAAAUUGACUUUACCAGGAGAUAAGAACCGUUUGAAAAAAGUUAAAGAUGGAGCAAAACCGCUUUCCCUGAAAUCCGACACUACUGAUUCUAGUCAAGGAUUACAAGAUAAAGAACAAAAUUUAACAAGAAGAAUUAGUACCUCAGAUAUUCUGUCUGAAAAGAAACUUGGUGAAGAUGAAGAGGAACUAUCUGAAUUACAGCUUCGCCUUUUGGCCCUUCAGUCAGCCAGUAAAAAAUGGCAACAAAAAGAACAGCAGGUGAUGAAAGAAAGCAAAGAAAAGUUGACUAAGACGAAAACUGUACAGCAAAAAGUUAAAACAAGUGCAAAAACACAUUCGGCCAAAAAAGUUAGCACUACAGCUAAACAAGCAUUGAGGAAGCAGCAAACAAAGGCAUGGAAGAAGCUACAACAACAAAAAGAGCAGGAAAGACAGAAAGAAGAGGAUCAGCGGAAACAAGCUGAAGAAGAAGAGAGAAGGAAAAGAGAGGAAGAAAUCAGAAAAAUUCGAGAUCUCUCAAAUCAGGAAGAACAGUACAAUCGAUUCAUGAAAUUGGUUGGUGGCAAGAGGAGAUCAAGAAGUAAAUCUUCAGAUCCUGACCUGAGGCGAUCCUUAGAUAAGCAACCUACUGAUAGUGGAGGAGGCAUUUAUCAGUAUGAUAACUAUGAAGAAGUUGCUAUGGAUACAGAUAGUGAAACCAAUUCUCCAGCUCCUUCACCAGUGCAACCGCCAUUUUUCUCUGAAUGUUCAUUGGGGUAUUUUUCUCCAGCACCAUCUCUUUCUUUGCCUCCAGCACCUCAGGUUUCUUCUCUGCCACCUUUGAGCCAGCCUUAUGUGGAAGGCUUGUGUGUUUCUCUUGAACCUCUACCUCCUCUACCACCAUUACCACCUCUCCCACCUGAAGAUCCAGAACAGCCUCCAAAACCACCUUUUGCAGAUGAGGAAGAGGAGGAAGAAAUGCUGCUUCGAGAAGAACUACUUAAAUCUCUAGCAAAUAAAAGAGCUUUUAAGCCAGAGGAAACAUCCAGUAAUAGUGACCCACCUUCACCUCCAGUUCUGAACAAUUCACAUACUGUGCCAAGAAGCAAUCUAUCAAUAGUCAGUAUUAACACAGUGUCUCAGCCUAGGAUACAGAAUCCAAAGUUUCACAGAGGACCUCGUCUUCCACGAACUGUGAUCUCGCUUCCAAAGCAUAAAUCAGUGGUUGUAACACUAAAUGAUUCAGAUGAUAGUGAAUCUGAUGGAGAGGCUUCCAAGUCAACAAAUAGUGUUUUUGGUGGAUUAGAGUCCAUGAUUAAAGAAGCAAGACGAACUGCUGAGCAAGCUUCAAAACCGAAAGUACCUCCAAAAUCUGAAAAAGAAAAUGAUCCUUUGCGAACACCAGAGGCUUUGCCUGAAGAAAAGAAGAUUGAAUAUAGAUUGUUAAAGGAAGAGAUUGCCAACCGUGAGAAACAGCGUUUGAUUAAAUCAGAUCAGCUGAAGACAAGUUCAUCAUCUCCAGCAAACUCUGAUGUGGAAAUUGAUGGUAUUGGCAGGAUAGCAAUGGUUACUAAGCAGGUUACAGAUGCAGAAUCCAAACUGAAAAAACAUAGGAUUCUCUUGAUGAAAGAUGAAUCUGUUUUAAAGAAUCUUGUGCAGCAAGAAGCCAAGAAGAAAGAAUCUGUUAGAAAUGCUGAAGCAAAGAUUACAAAACUUACAGAACAGCUUCAAGCAACUGAAAAAAUUCUUAAUGUUAACAGAAUGUUUUUGAAGAAGCUUCAGGAACAAAUUCACAGAGUUCAACAGCGUGUUACAAUUAAGAAAGCUUUGACUCUAAAAUAUGGAGAAGAGCUUGCUCGGGCAAAGGCAGUGGCUAGUAAAGAAAUAGGAAAACGUAAACUGGAACAAGAUCGCUUUGGGCCAAACAAAAUGAUGAGACUGGACGGUUCUCCAGUAUCAAGUCCAAGAAAGCAUUCAGCAGAACUAAUUGCUAUGGAGAAAAGACGGUUACAAAAGCUGGAAUAUGAAUAUGCCCUGAAAAUUCAAAAAUUAAAAGAAGCCCGGGCCCUUAAAGCAAAGGAACAACAAAAUAUCUCUCCAGUUGUGGAAGAGGAACCCGAAUUUUCUUUACCUCAACCCUCACUUCAUGAUCUGACACAAGAUAAAUUAACCCUGGACACUGAAGAAAAUGAUGUUGAUGAUGAAAUUUUGUCUGGUUCAAGCAGAGAGCGAAGAAGAUCCUUUUUAGAAUCCAAUUAUUUUACUAAACCUAACCUUAAGCACACUGAUAACGCUAACAAAGAAUGCAUAAACAAAGUUAAUAAAAAUACGGUAGAAAAACCAGAACUUUUUCUAGGGUUAAAAAUUGGUGAAUUGCAAAAAUUAUAUUCAAAAGCUGACAGCCUAAAACAGCUGAUUUUAAAAACCACCACAGGCAUUACAGAGAAGGUUUUGCAUGGUCAGGAGAUUUCUGUAGAUGUGGAUUUUGUCACAGCACAAAGUAAAACAAUGGAAGUGAAGCCAUGUCCUUUUAGACCCUACCAUAGUCCUCUUCUAGUUUUUAAGUCCUACAGAUUUAGUCCAUACUAUCGAACCAAGGAAAAACUUCCUCUGAGCUCAGUGUCAUACAGUAAUAUGAUUAAACCGGAUCAGUGUUUCUGCCGUUUUGAUUUAACAGGAACAUGUAAUGAUGAUGAUUGUCAAUGGCAACAUAUACAAGACUAUACGCUUAGCCGAAAACAGUUAUUCCAGGACAUUCUGUCAUAUAAUCUGUCUUUGAUUGGUUGUGCAGAGACAAGUACUAAUGAAGAAAUUACUGCUGCAGCAGAAAAAUACAUUGAGAAACUUUUUGGAGUAAACAAAGAUCGAAUGUCAAUGGACCAGAUGGCUGUUCUCCUUGUUAGCAAUAUCAAUGAAAGUAAAGGUCAUACUCCUCCAUUUACAACCUACAAAGAUAAAAGAAAGUGGAAGCCAAAGUUUUGGAGAAAACCUAUUUCAGAUAAUAGCUUCAGUAGUGAUGAGGAACAGUCUACAGGACCAAUUAAGUAUGCUUUCCAGCCAGAGAACCAAAUAAAUGUUCCAGCUCUGGAUACAGUUGUCACUCCAGAUGAUGUCAGAUACUUUACAAAUGAGACUGAUGACAUCGCUAAUUUAGAAGCAAGUGUGCUUGAAAAUCCUUCUCAUGUACAACUUUGGCUCAAGCUUGCGUACAAGUACUUGAAUCAAAAUGAGGGGGAGUGCUCAGAAUCCUUGGAUUCUGCUUUAAACGUUCUGGCGCGAGCAUUGGAAAAUAACAAAGACAAUCCAGAAAUUUGGUGCCAUUACCUCAGAUUGUUCUCAAAAAGAGGAACCAAGGACGAGGUGCAGGAAAUGUGUGAAACAGCUGUUGAAUAUGCUCCAGAUUAUCAAAGCUUUUGGACUUUUUUACACCUAGAAAGCACCUUUGAAGAGAAGGAUUAUGUAUGUGAGAGAAUGUUGGAGUUUCUGAUGGGAGCAGCCAAGCGGGAAACAUCCAGUAUUUUGUCCUUUCAGCUUUUGGAGGCUCUUUUGUUUAGAGUUCAACUGCACAUAUUUACUGGAAGAUGCCAAAGUGCACUGGCAAUUUUACAGAAUGCAUUGAAAUCUGCUAAUGAUGGAAUAGUUGCUGAAUACCUUAAAACAAGUGAUCGAUGUUUGGCAUGGUUGGCCUACAUACAUCUUAUUGAAUUCAACAUUCUCCCUUCAAAAUUUUAUGAUCCAUCUAAUGAUAAUCCUUCAAGAAUUGUUAACACAGAAUCAUUUGUAAUGCCAUGGCAAGCAGUUCAAGAUGUAAAGACUAAUCCUGACAUGUUGUUAGCAGUUUUUGAAGAUGCGGUGAAAGCUUGCACAGAUGAGAGCCUUACUGUUGAGGAAAGAAUAGAGACCUGCCUUCCACUUUACACAAACAUGAUUGCUCUGCACCAACUCCUGGAGAGGUAUGAGGCUGCAAUGGAGCUUUGUAAAUCUUUACUGGAAUCAUGUCCCAUUAACUGCCAGUUGCUGGAAGCCCUCGUUGCAUUAUAUUUGAAAACAAAUCAGCAUGACAAAGCCAGAGCAUUGUGGCUUACUGCAUUUGAAAAAAAUCCUCAGAAUGCAGAGGUUUUUUAUCAUAUGUGCAAAUUCUUCAUCUUACAGAAUCGAGGCGAUAAUCUUCUUCCAUUUUUGCGGAAAUUUAUUGCAUCCUUCUUUAAACCGGGGUUUGAGAAGUAUAAUAACUUGGAUCUGUUUCGGUAUCUUUUAAAUAUUCCAGGACCAAUUGACAUUCCAUCUCGUUUAUGUAAAGGGAAUUUUGAGGAUGAUAUGUUUAACCACCAAGUUCCUUAUUUGUGGCUGAUUUACUGCCUUUGUCAUCCUCUUCAAUCAAGUAUUAAAGAGACAGUGGAGGCAUAUGAGGCAGCAUUAGGGGUGGCCAUGAGGUGUGAUAUAGUACAGAAGAUAUGGAUGGAUUAUCUUGUCUUUGCGAAUAAUAGAGCUGCUGGAUCCAGAAACAAAGUUCAAGAAUUCAAAUUUUUUACUGAUUUAGUGAAUAGAUGUUUGGUUACAGUCCCUGCCCGAUACCCCAUUCCUUUUAGCAGUGCUGAUUACUGGUCCAACUAUGAAUUUCAUAAUAGGGUUAUUUUCUUUUAUUUGAGCUGUGUUCCAAAGACCCAGCAUUCCAAAACCUUGGAACGGUUUUGUUCAAUUAUGCCAGCUAAUUCUGGACUUGCAUUGAGGUUACUUCAACAUGAAUGGGAAGAAAGCAAUGUUCAGAUUCUGAAACUUCAAGCCAAGAUGUUUACAUAUAAUAUCCCAACAUGCCUGGCCACCUGGAAAAUAGCCAUUGCUGCUGAGAUUGUUCUAAAGGGACAAAGAGAGGUCCACCGUUUAUAUCAGAGAGCCUUACAGAAGUUACCUCUUUGUGCAUCACUGUGGAAAGAUCAACUCUUGUUUGAAGCAUCAGAAGGAGGUAAAACUGAUAACCUGAGAAAACUAGUUUCCAAGUGCCAAGAGAUUGGAGUCAGCCUAAAUGAGCUCUUAAAUUUAAACAGUAACAAAACAGAAAGCAAGAAUCACUGAACACUGGGUGCAGUCAGUUCUAAGUCCUUAUAAUAAUUGCCAAAAUUAUUUGAAUGAUUCUUCAAGAUUAGGCUGAUCCCUGGCUAAGGUCUGUGUAAGGCAGACAAGCAUUAUUGAUCAUAUCAAGUUCCCUACAAUAUCCUGUCCUCAAAACCGGAAGCAAUGAACAUGAUCCUCUUCGGUUGGAUAAAUGAACUUCCUGUUUGGCCUGCUUCUAGGCCCUGCCAGAUUCUCAUAACAUCAUAUACGUAAGUAUAGUUCUCAAAGUGACUGACAUUUAUUUUAAUUUUGCCUUGUUUUUGUUUUUUAUUUUCUCCCCCAUUCCUUUAUUUUGUGUUAUUCCUGAUUCACUUGACACUCUCUGAUGCCUGAGAGAUUCCUGUUUGGGAUUUAAUAUCCAGGGCUGUGUUUACAGUAAAAAAGCAGGCAGUCCCUUUUAGUUUUUCCUUUUUAAAUUUUUUUUGAGAUUCUUCAUUUCAGGAUUUAAAACUAUAGCAGUCCAUCUUAAGGAAAGUGUAACUGCCAUGGCCACAAGUCUGCUAGUUGCACUUGAAUGCUCUUUCAGGGUUGUUUAUUGCCCUUUCUACGUUCUGGACUCCUUGCCGAGACUGUUUAACUUGAAGAUUAAAGAAACUAUUGCAAAUGCCAGUGCAUCAGAACCUAAGAGUGGUCAAAUAUUAUGUGCAAUUUUUUUGUAAAGAAAUUUUAAUUUAUAAUAAAGUUUAACAGUUUAAAGAACAGUUAAUAUUUGAACUGCUUUGUAUUGAAAUACUACUUUGUAGUAUUAAAAUUGUUUAUAUACUUUUUUAAUAUAAGUUAACUUUCUAAAAA